CAUGCUUCUACUAUUCCACAAUAUCCCUAGAGUCUACAGCCUUCAAAAUCAAAACAAAUCCAUCAAACCUUUCAAGUGGGCAACAAUAAAGUUCACGUCAACAACACACUAUUAAAGUGGUCAAUUUUUUACUGUUUUUCACUGCAUUUUGCAUCCCCCCACUUCCCCAGAAAACCCAAGCCAACCUUUCAAAGAUCCCCACCAAGCUCUCAAGUUCCAAGCUUUCACCUUUAGAAUAGAACUUGGGGUUUGUCACCUGGUUUCUCCAUUUCAGCUCCUCAAUGGCAGCUCUCAAUCUCUCCCAGGUCCAAACCCCGCACACCCAUUAGCAGUUUCUGAGCGCUCUCUCUCUCUCUCUCUCUCUCUCUCUCUCCAGUCCUCCAGAAUAUCAUGAAAUUUUCAUUUCUCAACCAAAUCCCACAUCAAGAUUCCACUCCCAUUGCCAUUUCAUAGCUUCCUGAUCUGUUUCUGAUAUGCAGAACCCACUUUGCUAACCAAAUCCCACAUACCCAAUUUCACUCUCGCUCUCACUGAGCCAGUCCUCAACAAAAUCCCAGAUACAAAUCUUAUAACCCAUUUUCCCAAAUCCAGCAUAAACCUCACUUCUGUAUCUUGGAAUGCCAAAAUCUGUAGAAAACCAAGAUGAACCCAAUACACAGAGCUUCAAGAUCUGUACAAGGCUCUAUCUCUGGCCACAUUUAGCAACACCGAUAAACCCUUUUAGAGAUUUUGUUAUUGUGCCAAUGAAGCGCUCGGUUCGUCCAUUGUUUAGCCUUCUUCUACUCAUUGUGUUCGCUGCUACGCUGAGCUGUCGAACCGUGGUUCGCCAUAGCUUGAGUUCGAUUGAGCUUGAAAAGAAGGUACUAAUCCAACCACCAAAGCCAGUGUUCAAUGCCACUCUGCUCAAAUACGCUGCCGUUGAUGCAAGCGAAGCUAAAGCCAAGCAGGAAAUAGAGCAACUGUUGGAGGGUAACUUUGCUAGUCUUGGUAGAUACAGGACUUUUGCUUCUUGGAGACGAUUUAAUCACCAUGAUAUCAGAGCAAGGACCUCCGUUGGCUUACCGGUAAUGCUUCGCUCUCCUCAAUUCUAUCGUUAUUGGUUGGAUUUUAGGAGAGUUUUGAGUGACUGGUCAAGAAUCAAACGGUUUCAGCCUGAUGUUAUGUUGGAUUUAGUUAGGCUUGUUAGAUAUCCCAUUGAUAGGCACAGUGGUUUGGUGGAUUCAGAACAACGACGCUAUUCCUCGUGUGCAGUUGUUGGGAAUAGUGGGAUCUUGUUGAAGAGUAAUUAUGGUGCUUUAAUUGAUAGUCAUGAGGUAGUAAUUCGAUUGAACAAUGCGAGGAUUCAGGGUUUUGAGGGGAAAGUUGGGUCGAAAACAAAUAUUUCGUUUGUAAAUAGUAACAUUUUGCAUCUUUGUGCUAGGAGAGAUGGUUGUUUUUGCCACCCUUACGGACUUAAUGUGCCUAUGAUUAUGUACAUUUGUCAACCGCUGCAUUUCUUCGAUUACACGGUAUGUAAUAUAUCACACAAAGCGCCUUUGCUUGUGACUGAUCCUCGGUUUGAUGUGUUGUGUGCAAGGAUUGUGAAGUACUAUUCAUUGAAACGGUUUGUGGAGGAGACAGGGAAGUCGUUUGAUCAGUGGGGGGCUGUUCAUGAUGGUGCUAUGUUUCAUUACUCUUCUGGUAUGCAAGCUAUUAUGCUUGCUUUGGGAAUUUGUGACAAAGUUAGUGUAUUUGGAUUUGGGAAGUCGGAUUCAGCUAAGCAUCAUUAUCAUACAAAUCAAAAGGCUGAGCUUCGGCUGCACGAUUAUCAGGCAGAGUAUGAUUUCUAUCGCGAUCUCGUUGAGAGACCACAGGUAAUACCGUUCAUUUCAGACAAGUUCAAGAUUCCUCCUGUGGUUCUAUAUCAAUGACAUCUUGCCAUUGCCAGUUGAAUCAUAUGUUUUUGUGGAAUUAGUUGAUGUGUUUCUCUGGUUGCAAUUGUUGUAUUCUUGUUGUAAUAGUAGUCUCCCCAAAAGAUACAGUCAAAGAAAAGCACAAUUGUUGAAGAUGUAUGUUUCAUACUUUGACCCUGUACUAUCAAAGAUAGUUUUGGGAAAUAUAAUUUGUAAAAUUGGAAUCCAGAUCAGGUACUCAUUUGCUCUUUUUGAACUUUCUCGACUUGAAUUCUAGGGACUUAUAUGCAU